AAUCAAACCAAUCUAUAGACGAUGAUGUUGAGGUCUUAGCUUCCAGCAUCUGGUCUUCAUUUAUAAAUGAAAAAAGGGUCGUGUCAGUUUACAGAAACCUAAUUCCACUAUUCCCACCUUUUCCAUUUCCACGAAUCUGUAUUAUAAUUCUAAUUAACAUUGUCAAUGGAAGAAGACAAGAAAACUUCACGGACUAAGCAAGAAACAGAGCAAAAACAAGAACCCAAAGCAGAGGAACCACCAAAGAGCAGUGGAGGAGGAUGGGGAACUGGUUGGGGCUUCUCUCCUUUCUCUGUUCUCUCAGAUCUCCAAAAGGCUGCCGAAGAAAUAUCUCGCAAUGCUGUGGUGGUUGCAGAGAAGGCAGCGAAAAGCAUUUCAGAUAUACAAAUUGUUGCUGAGGAUUCUGAAUCUUCUAAAGAGGAGAACGAGCAAGAAGAAUCUGAAAGUGAUAAAGAAACUGAAGAUGAGAAGUCCAAGCUACGGAAAUCUGCUUUGGAUAAAUUGGAGAAAGCAAGUGAGGAGUCCUUCCUGGGACAGGGUUUGAAGGUUCUUGAUCAUUCUGUGGAGAAUUUUGCAUCAGGAGCAUGGCAAGCAUUAGGAAGUGCAUUGAAAGGGGGGUCUAAUUUGGUACAAAAGCUUGAGAAUUCUGCUGUGAACAUCGCUGAAUCAAUUCAACAUGGUGGCUUACCAGGAGGAGCUGGUUCUCUUGCACCAUCCUUACUAGAGAGUGGAAAAUCUUUUACUGCAAAGGGAAUGCAAGUGCUUGAAUAUGUGGGAAAGGAGACCAUGGAUUUGCUGAUCACAGAGACAGGUAUUGAAGUUGAUAAAAAUUCUAAAGGAUCUGAAAGAGAGCCUGAUGAGGAUCAGUUACUUGAGGAAGUAACAUUCGAUCGGUGCUUCUAUAUAUAUGGAGGUCCAGAACAGUUGGAGGAGCUUGAGGCAUUGUCCAGCCAUUAUGCCCUCUUAUUUAACCGAAGAAAAGCCAAGUUAUCACAGGAACAGAAAUCUGUAUAUGAUGGGAAGCUUAAACUAGUCCAACAAAUUUUCAAUCUGAGUGUCGAAAUGGAUGAGAAUGGUGUGGAGUCCAACAAAGGGAAGAGAAAAGAGACUGGAAGUGAAGGAAGUAGUGACGAGAUUAAAAAUUUACAUGACUCAAGUGUCAGCAAAGCUGCUGACAUGGCUGCUGGGUUUACAAGUGCUAUUGCAGGACUAACUGUAAAUGAUAUAGUUCAAAGGACUGCCAGCAGACUAGAAACUCUGCACUCUGAGGGGGUUCACAGGCUCUCUGAAAUGUGCAGUUCAGCUGUGUCUCAACUUCUGAUGCUUGGAAAAUCUGUCAUAUCCAAUGUUAACAAAAUCCAGGAAGAAGAUGUUGAUGCGGAGGUUAUGAAUAUUGACUGGCCUGAAGAUUCUGUUGAAAAAGCUAAGGUAAUUCGAACAAAGGCACAAUCUAUGGCAGGAUAUCUUGAAGCAGUUUCAAACAGUUUUAUCACAGGCAUCUCUGAUGUGGCUGAAGCUUAUGUAGCUGCCAUGAAAACCGCUGCUGCUGAUUCCCACGAUAAUCUUCCAAAUACAUCAAUCCAGGAAAAAGUCGAUGCCUUCUCUGAACUUAUUCGCACUGACCAGACCACUGCAGUGAGCAAAAUGCAGGACGGGCUACAAUACUUGUCUUAUGUAGUCAUUUCCACAUCCGUACCUGCUGCUUGAAAACUCUCUACUCUUAUCAUGUUUUAUUUCAAUCAUAUUUGUAAAUAGCUGUCUAAUUUUAGGGUGGGUUUCAUUUUUUAUUUAUGUCUGAAAAUGAACUCAUCCCGCUGUAGGUUAAACAAUUACUUCUUAUUUAGAUUUUUGAAGGGUUGAAAUUGGAAUACUAGUUGCAAAUGGUUAACAAUUUAUGUUCAAUGUCAAAAAUGAAAAAUCACGAGAUUAAUAAAGAAAUGGAUUUGUGUGGUA